AUGGAAUCUCGCAAAUUGGCUGCGUUACUUUCCUCCCUAAUUUCCCAACUCCUCCUCGUCAUUCUCCUCAUUUUCCCUCCCAAUUCCCUCCACCUCAAUUCCACUCCCAAUUCCAAUUCCAAUUCCAAUUCCAAUUCCACCACUUUCUCUCUCAUCCACCACUUCCUCUUCUCCCAACAAACCGCCGUCACCACCACCCUCCUCUCCCGCAAGCGCAAACGCCCUAAAAACCACCACAACCACCGCCCCACCCCUAACCCUGAUUGGUUCCCCAUCUCCUUCCUCAUGUCCUCCUCCACAUUCGAAUGGCUCACCGGUUUACUCGAACCGCUCCUCGAAUGCCGUGACCCUGCUUAUCUCUUCCCUCUCAACCUCUCCGCCGGCCUCCGUCUCGGUAUCGGUCUCUCCCGUCUCGCCAACGGCUCCGAUUACUCCCAAAUUUCAUCUCAAUUCAACGUCCCAGUCUCCGUAGCUAAAUUCUGCGUUAAACAACUCUGUAGAGUCCUCUGUACCAAUUUCCGAUUCUGGCUUUCUUUCCCAAACGCAAACGACCUUCGCUCCGUCUCCCACAAUUUCCAAUCUCUCUCCGGUUUGCCUAAUUGCUCCGGCGUCAUUUUCUGCUCUCGCUUCCAAAUCUCCCCAUCAUCAGUGUCCCAACCGCAACAGCAACAGCAACAUUCCUCAAUUGCAGCUCAAAUAGUUGUUGAUUCCACGUGUCGAAUUCUCAGCAUUGCCGCUGGUUUUUUUGGUCACAAGACGGACUAUGUCAUUCUCAAAGCUUCGAGUUUGUUUAAUGACAUAGACGACCGAAUGCUUUUGAAUGAUUCACCGCUCGACGGUGUUAAUCAGUAUUUCAUUGGUGAUUCCGCAUAUCCUCUACUUCCUUGGCUCAUGGUACCUUUUGCUGAUAAUGAGAAUGCAACUGUUUCUGGUUCUGUUGAAGAGAGUUUCAAUGCUGCUCAUGAACUGAUGCAGAUUCCGGCUUUCAGAACGGAUGCUAGUUUGAGGAAAUGGGGUGUUCUGAGUCGACCGAUUCGCGAGGAGAUAAAAAUGGCUGUAGCUUAUAUCGGUGCUUGUUCGAUUCUUCAUAAUAGUUUGUUGAUGAGGGAGGAUUUCUCUGCUUUGGUUUGUGAUUUUGAACAAAAAAAUGGAGAACCUUGUGUAUUGGAGGAUCAUCGUGUAACGGAGGAGGCUUUGGCGAUGAGGAUGACAUUGGCUGCCAUGGCAAAGAAAAUUAGUAGUUAG